AUGGCUGCCAUGUUCAGCCAGAACCCCCUCAUGAACGGGCCCAACUACUCCUUCUCGGAUGCUGCUCCCAAGACCAACAACGGCGAGUUUCGAGAACAUCGAUUCAACCCCUACACCGACAAUGGCGGCUCGACCCUCGCCAUCUCUGGCGCCGACUUUACCAUCAUGGCCGGCGACACCCGCCACACCAGCGGAUACAGCAUCAACUCUCGCAUGUCCCCCAAGGUCUUUAAGAUCGGCGGCACCACAGCUUCCCAGGACGACGCCACACUAGUUCUCUCGGUUGUUGGCUUCGCCGCCGACGGCGAGGCCCUCCGCGACCACCUCGACACCAUCUGCAAGAUCUACCGUUACCGUCACGGCAAGCCCAUGACGGUCAACGCCUGCGCCAAGCGCCUCUCCACAGUGCUCUACCAGAAGCGAUUCUUCCCUUACUACUCGCACGCGAUGCUCGGCGGUCUGGACGAGGAGGGCAAGGGUGCCGUGUAUUCCUACGACCCCGUCGGCAGCUACGAGCGGGAGCAGUGCCGAGCGGGCGGUGCUGCGGGCAGUCUGAUCAUGCCCUUCCUGGACAACCAGGUCAACUUCAAGAACCAGUACAUCCCCGGUAGCGGAGAAGGCCACGAGCUCAAGGAGCGGGAGCGACGUCCCCUGACACGGGCCGAGGUCGAGACCCUGAUCAAGGAUGCCUUCGACGGUGCGGUGGAGCGUCACAUCGAGGUCGGCGACAACCUCCAAAUGGUCAUCAUCACCAGAGACGGUAUUGAGGAGACAUUCUUGCCCUUGAAGAAGGAUUAG